AUGUCUGUGACUUUAAUCACGCCUGUCUUCUUACUGUGCCUCUUUACAUCGUGUCAUAGCAUUAGUUUAUUCCUUAAAGACGACAAUGCUGAGUAUGGACAAGGGUUCGAGGUCAGCAUUCAUGAAGUUCCUUAUAUUGGCACACUGAGGUAUUACUCUAAGGAGGUCGAGGAACUGGGCAGUGGCAUGUUUUGCAUGGCUAUUCCCAUCAAGAACCGGGUGCUGCUCGCAGCGGCUCAUUGUGUAUUCAAUAAAAAGCACGAAGAUGUUGUGGUUGUGUUGGGAAGCUCCAACCUUAGAAUCCGUAGUCCAACAACGAAGAUGCUGAGUGUCUCGUUUUGGCGUUGGCAUCCACUGUAUAAGAUGCUGCAGCCGCCAUAUGAUAUUGCCGUGGUUUUCACAUACAACGAUAUAGAGCCCAUUGCGGGAGCCAUUCAAUAUGCACCCCUCAAUUUGCAUGAGGUGCCCAAGAGGACCAAAUGUCUAAUAUCCAGCUGGACUCGACUUUCUGACGGUGUGCAAAAACGUGCAGACACUAUGCAAGCGAUAUGGGUGUCGACCAUGGACAGAAAAUUCUGUAUCCUGACAAUUGACGCGCCUGGCUAUAUGUGCAGCAAAACAGAGGUCUCCACUGUCGGCGUCAACACGGGCGAUUUGGGUGCACCCGUGGUGUGCGACGAUAAGCUAUCGGGAAUCACCUGCUUUAUAUUACCCACGCGCGGCAUUACCUUCAAUACAGCUAUAAAUGUGUACGCCAAGUGGAUAAGGGCCAGCGUUUACCUCUACUUCAAAGGAUCUCCGCCAACAGUAGCACCAACAACAUCGACAACAGCUAAGCGAAGAUCGAUACGCAAUAAGUUAAGAUCAGGGCAACUUCGGCCCAUCUGUAACCAGUGGAUAGUUCUUUCGGUCAUCAGCAUUCAUGUGAUAUUUACGAUUCCUACAUUCGAUUUCGAUUUUAACUUGUAGUUUUACAUUAAAA